GAUAGAAAUCCAAAUAAUUCUUGUCAAUAAAAAGACCUGCAAUGCCAAUAUUUUAGAAAACACAAAAUAACAAUUAUUUAUAAUCAAACUCUGUGAUCUUAGACCAUGAUGAAAUUAUUUACAAGGAAAUACUGAAACGAAAUAAUUUUACAGAAGUUAAAAAUAACAGAACGUUAUAAUAAAAUAUAACCAAGUAAGUAGAAAAAUGCUUGAAAUACCGGAAUGUCUGAGUCGACGUUACAAGGCGUUAGAUGAUCUGAUCCAAGAGCUCAAGUCUUCUCAACCGAGCAACCCCAACGCUGAGAGUGCGUCAACCGACGAUCCCGGCAUCAAGAUGAUGUGCGACUUCUGGAGCAUUCUCAAAGAAGAUCCGGAUGUUGAUUUGACGCAAGCAGUUCAGCAACGAAUGAGAGCCAAUGGAGUUAGAAGUGGCAUGUUUGGAUCCCAACAUGUCAGUUGCUUUAGAUCGGGAUGCUGUGACAAUGAUGAUAAAAUACAGAAAACCCUCAAAAAAAUAAAAAAAGUAAGUAACGAGAGUCCAGGUGAAAAGUCGCAAUGUGGUACAUCAAAAUCCGCAACUUCGAGUACGAUGAGCCAGAAUAAUAUUCCACUCAACAAAGUACUGUGCAAUUUGAAAGAAGCUGCCUCGUUUGAAAAGAAAUGUCACGGGAAAGUCAACAAGUUGCAAGAGAGGCAGAAGGAAUUGCAAGAGCAGAUUCAAUUACUAGAACAGAGGGAGAAGGAUGGUGUGACAUUGUUGAAGCAAGCCGACUGUAUGUGGUCAUGUAUGGAAGAAGCGUAUAAGAAGAAAAUUGCUGAGUCUCUAGAAAGACAGAACGAUUUAUUGAAACAGCUAAAAGAAGCCGAAAGCAGCAACGUGAAAUGGCGGAAGAAUAAAAAAGACCUAGAAUUUCAAAUUAAUAUUAUAAAUAAAUGCUAUCAAGAAAUACAAGAAAAGAUAAAUGAAAAAACAAGUGACAUAAAAUGCAUUAAUAUGGAGAUUGAGAAUUUGAAAAAACGUAUUGAAAGCAACAAAACUGAUCUCGAAGCGGCGAAAAAAUCUUUUGGGCCCAAAAAGCAGGCUUCAGAUGCUAAAAUGAAAAGUAUAGCAGCUCAAGUUACGAAGCUAGAAAAAAGCAUAAAUGAGGAAAAGAAACAUAAGUUAGCGAAAGAACGAGAAGGUUCAAAGUAUAUAAAAGAAGCUAGAGAGGAGUUACAGAAACUGUGCAAAGUGUUAUUGCAGAAAAAACUUGAAAACGAAGACUUGAAAGCAGAGAAAGAAGCGUUGCUAUUAGAAAUUGAACUGCUCGUUCAAAAUUGUGAUCAGUGCAAAGAUAAAUGUAGAAACAAACAGGAGUCUGUCGAGGAAGAAAUAAAAGCUAUCGACAAAGAAAUAGCUGACUUCAAAGUUAGAUGCACACAAUGCCACAAAUGUAUUGACACGGCCGACGUUAGAAAGUUUUGCACUGAUUGCCCAAAGUGCCUGGCAGAAAGGAAUUGUUUGGAUGAAGGUGAUCACUGUAAUGUCGACCAUGCAAUGGAUUGUGUAUGUAUGACAGUUAAACAGAAAUUUAUGGAUAAUGUGUUUGAUAAUAUGUACACAUCGUUGGAAAGAGAAGUACAAACUGGGCCGGGGAAAGCUGUGGCUGAAGAAGUAGUAAAGUGUCUGAAGAAAAGUAGAAAUGGUAAACUUAAUGAAGGGACGAGAAAAAUUCUCCAGGAUUUCAUUUUGACUACCGUUAAAAAGAAUUUGAAUUUGACAAUCGUUGGUGGUGCUGUGAAAACGAGAUGUGAGAUGGAUGCAGAAACGUACAAACAGCUGAUGCUUUGUCUAAAACAAGUUAAAAUAGCCAAACCACCGAAAACCGAUAAGGGGACUGAAGCUAAAAAGGAACCUUGCAAACGCUGGGGUGGUGCCAGCGAGUGCAACUGUCCAAAGGGACCCAACGCGUGUAUUUGUAUCCAGAAAGCACCUCCACCGGUUAACGAGCCAUCUCCUUGUCCGCCACAGCCAGCUGAUAAAGAUGAUCCAGUAAGAGAAAGAGGUGAAGUAGUCAUGUGCCCACAUAAAGAUUCCACUCCAUGCGGUCCAGAUUGUGCGAUGCACAGCAUACCAAAUGCUGUUGGAAGUGAGGUUGCAGCUUGGAGACCAAGCCCUUGCCGAGGGCCAACUUGUCAAUUUACAAACAUGCGAGCUGCACAAUGCGUUCUUGGACCUGAAAUUCUGACAUCUGCAAGAGAUCCAAUUACACAACCUCCUUUUUCACCUACAACGUCGAUAUUAGAUGAUCAGGUUGCCUGUCGAUGCAGCGGUGUGCCGCAAAUCCCAUGUAUCUGUCACAAAGAUUCAAAACAAAUGAAAGUAGAAAUACCUAUAUCAUGUGACAAAGAAACAUAUGCAGUAGGCCAGAAAUCUGUAGUGUUUCAACAAAUUAAUGAAGAUACUGAUAAAUUUAAUAUUGAUAAUAUCCCAGUUCAAGAAACGCACAGUAAGUUGGUUAAUAAUGAACAAAAGGUAACUAUACGUAGCAUCAAAAAUGUUUUAGAUAAUGUAUCUCCUAUUGUUACCAAGACUUCUUCAGGAGAGUUGGAAGUGGCACUAGAUAAAGAAAUCGUAAAACUAAUAGAUAAAAAAAUGCAAGAUAGUCCAAACUUAUCUGUUGAGUUCAACAACAAUAAAGUUUUAGCUAAGAAAUCACCAUCUGGAAAUAUAAUUUUAGAAUUUGAUAAAAAAGCUAAGAAAAAGUGUCUGUUACACUUUGAAAAAUCAUUAAAUAAAGUAAAGACUCAGUCAUGCAAUAGCGAUAAAAAUCUGUCACAGAAAAAAUUAACUAAAAUCAUCCUUGAUACGACCAAUAAGAAAAUAAGUGGAUGCAAAACAAGAAGUAAAAAUAUCACCAAUUUUUUUAAAGUCACUGUUAAAAGUAAUAAUCAUACUGCUAACGAGUUAGUCUUGGCAUUGAGACAAACUGACUCUGGCGUUUAUGAAGUAAUUCUUGAUAAAGAAUUUAAAAAAUGGUAUAAGCAAGCAAUUAACGAUCAUUGUUUGGGAACAGAAGAUGAAUAUGCUCGUAUUGAAAGGACUAGUUCCGGAAACUUCAUUCUGAACUUUGGUAUAGAUGAUCAAGACUAUUCAGAAAGUAAAUAUGCGCUAUUAGUGAAAUCUCAUUCAGGAAAUAAUAUAAAAAUUGUCGUUGACGAACAGGAAUCAAAAUUUGAAAUCAUGAAAAAGAAAUUUGGCUCUACAAUAUCCCUGCGAGCUUUGAGCGGCCUUUUGAACAAAUUGACAUAUUCUAAUGAAGAAAUUCAAAGAAAAGAUUCGAAGAAAUCUCGGACAAUAAGUACAAAAUCUAGCAGUGACUCUAAUGUUUACGAAAAAGUUAAGUUUGAUAUUAACAAUAAUCAAAAUCUUAUUGAAUCCGAAGCAGUCCUUAAAAAAAGUGAAUCAGGUAAAUACACAGUAGUGCUCAAUAAAGAAUCAAAAAGUGCUUUUAUAAACAAUUUGGGCAAAACGAUUAGCAGUUCUUCCAAAGGACUUAUUCCUAUAAAACAAACGGUCUCUGGAAAUAUAACUGUAAGUUUGAAUACAGACCUCACAAGUCAGUAUGGAUCAUUAAAAAUUACAAAGUCAGGAAAUAUGUAUGUUCUAUUGAACAAGAAUAAAGCAAAAGGAAUUUCGACAAUUAAUGAAAGCUUAGACAAUAAAAAUGUUAACAAAGGAACAAAAUUAUAUCAAAACUCCAAUCAAACUAAAACUGUUACCAGUAAAGCAACUACAACUAGUUGUAAAGGUCAAUGCAAAGAAAAUUCUUGUAAUGAAAGUAAAUGCAUUUGCGAUAGUAUCAGUUAUGACUCAAAAGAAUGUGUAAUAGAAAAUGCUGAAAUAUUUUUUGAAAACAAAGAAUUUGCAAACAAUACCAAAGAUAAAGAUUUCAUCAGUAAAGAUAAACUGAUAAAGAACUUACCUCAUAUAGUUAUAAAGCCAUGUGGAUGCCGUUCCACCUCUGAAAAGUUUACUAUAGACAGAAAUUACAACAAAGUUCAGUCUACAAGAUGUCCUGGCCACAUUGACAGAUAUCAGGAAUUAUCGAAUGAAAUUUUGGAAAUAUCAAACCCAUGCCAGCGGGACUUAGACGAUAUUGAAAAAAAUGAAAAAACCGUAAAAAAUAGAAUUGUCACACAUGAUAAUAAAAAAAUAGAUGAUUGGGAUUCCUUGCAGUUUCUCCCUCCACAGUUGCCGCCGUUUCUUAAGGAUUAUUCAUUAUUGUAAAAUGUUUAUUAAUAUCUCGUCAUGGUUUAUGAUCGUAAUGAUAGUUAAAAAAGCACUUGUUUUAUGAAACCUUGUGA